CUUUAUAAAGGCGCGGCUGCCCCGCCUGGGGACUCGGACGGCCCAACCGCUUCUUCCCCUGCUGGCAGCUCAGGUCACCAUGGAAGGUCCCCGCCUCAGCGCCUUUCACAUCCUACAGGCGCUGUGUGUCCUGCUGAUUCUGUUGGAAGAUGGACCCCAGAGCACCAGGGCCUCUGCCUGUCGCCGGCCGUGCCCUGAAAACUCCUCAUGUGUCAAUGGCACUGCCUGUCUCUGUGAUCGGGGAUUCAAAUCUUCAUCUGGGAAGCUCAUCCUCCAGCACGAGGAAACUUGUGAAGACAUUGACGAAUGUGAACAAGGCAAGCCAGGGACUCUCUGUGGAAAAGUCGCAGAGUGUCAUAACACAGUGGGGAGCUACUACUGCACAUGCAUCCCAGGAUACAGGCUUGUUUCUGAGGCAGCAAAGUUCAGUGAUGCGAAAGAGAACACGUGUCAAGACAUGGACGAAUGUCAGUUGAACCCCAGAAUCUGUAAAAGCCGCAGCGAGUGUGUCAACACCCAUGGCAGCUACACCUGCACGUGCCCACCAGGAUUUGAGCUGAACCCAGAGGACCCAAAGCUGUGCAAAGAUGUGAAUGAAUGUACCUCGGGACAAAAACCCUGCCACAAAACCACCCACUGCCUCAACACUGUGGGCAGCUACGUGUGCCGCUGCCGCCCUGGCUGGAAGCCGAUUCCUGGGUCCCCCAAUGGCCCACACAACACCGUUUGUGAAGAUGUGAAUGAAUGUACCUCGGGAAAACAUUCCUGCCACAAAUCCACCCAAUGCCACAACACCGAGGGCAGCUAUGAGUGCCGCUGCCGCCCUGGCUGGAAGCCGGUUCCUGGGUCCCCCAAUGGCCCAAACAACACCGUCUGUGAAGAGAUCUCCUUCCCCACCUGGACCCCGCCCCCUGGAAUCAAGAGCCAGAGUCUCUCCAACUUCUUUGAAAAAGUCCAGGAACUGAGCAGAGACUUUACGUCUGCCUCGGCCCAGGACACCAUCCAGAAAUUCAUCACGUCAUUGGAUGAGCUGGAAGUUCCUGGGGACCUGGAGGCCCUGGCCCUGUCUGACCGGUACCGCAUGGCCACCCACCUGCUCUCCUACCUCGAAGAAGUCCUGAGAAACCUGGCCAAGACCUUGCCUGGACCCUCCUUCACCUACCGUUCCCCUUUGGACACAGAGCUGUCCCUGAUGAUCCAGGAGCAACGGAAUGGAACCGUCACCCUGGGCCAGAGCCAUGCACGCAUGAAGCUGAACUGGACUCAGGCAGCUGGAGUCGGGGACUCAGGCCGCACUGUGGCAGGCAUAUUCUCCAGCCGAAAAAUGGAGACACUGCUGGUCAAUGCCUCCGUGGAGCUGGACCCUGAGAAGAAAAUUGAGCUGGAAGACACACAUGAAAGUUAUGUCAACAAAGCUCAGGCCAAGAUCCUCUCCACCGUCAACACGGUCUUUCUGAGCAACAAGAACACGGAGAAACUAGACCCUCCUGUCACCUUCUCCUUCUCCUACCAUCCGGAGACGCCCAAGUCACGUCAGGAGCUAAUCUGUGCCUUCUGGAAGGGUAACGACAGUGGUGGGUCCUGGUCCACCACAGGCUGCAAGAAGCUAGGCAGCAGCAAUAACAGCAUCACCUGCCAGUGCAGCCACCUGAGCAGUUUUGCCAUCCUCAUGGCCCACUACGACGUGGAGGACCUGAAGCUGGCCCUGAUCACCAAAGUGGGCCUGGCACUGUCGCUGGUCUGCCUGCUGCUGUGUAUCCUCACCUUCCUGCUAGUGCGGCCCAUCCAGGGCUCGCGCACCACCGUGCACCUGCACCUCUGCAUAUGCCUCUUCCUGGGCUCUGCCAUAUUUCUGGCCGGCAUAGAGAACGAAGGAGGCCAGGUGGGGCUGCGCUGCCGCCUGGUGGCCGGGCUGCUGCACUACUGCUUCCUGGCUGCCUUCUGCUGGAUGAGCCUAGAAGGCCUGGAGCUCUACUUCCUCGUGGUGCGUGUAUUCCAGGGUCAGGGCCUAAGCAAGCGCUGGCUCUACCUGAUCGGCUACGGCGUUCCCUUCCUCAUUGUGGCCAUCUCAGCGGCCGCCAGGCCCGAGGGCUACGGCCGCGGUAUCUACUGCUGGCUGGACCGCAGGCACGGCUUCCUCUGGAGUUUCCUGGGACCUGUGACAUUCAUCAUUUUGUGUAACGCCGUCAUCUUCGUGAUAACUGUCUGGAAGCUCACUCAGAAGUUCUCUGAGAUCAACCCAGACAUGAAGAAAUUAAAGAAGGCCAGGGUGCUGACCAUCACGGCCAUCGCACAGCUCUUGGUGUUGGGCUGCACAUGGGUCUUCGGCCUGUUCCUCUUCGACCCGAGGAGCCAGGUGCUGGCCUAUGCCUUCACCAUCCUCAACUGCUUGCAGGGCUUCUUCCUCUUCCUGCUGCACUGCCUGCUCAACAAAAAGGUGAGGGAGGAGUACCGGAAGUGGGCCUGCAUGGUCACUGGGAAUAAGUACUCGGACUUUGGCACAUCGACAUCCAGCACCAGCCAAAAUCAGACUAGGUCCCUCAGGCCGUCAGAGUCUGGCAUGUGACUGCGAGGUUCUGGCCAGGCCAGCAGCUCCUGUGGCCUCAGCAGCUUUUGCACAUACUGAAGACUGUCCCCUCCUCUCUCACAACCUUGAUCCCUCCACUCUCCUGUCCCCAGAGAAGGGGCAUCAACAGUUGUUCUCUGGCGCCAAACCCAGGAACACAGGGUGGAGUCGGACCUGAUGGACCUGCUUCUGGCUGCCUCUGCUGCACCCCAGCUGGCACCCAGGGUGGGCAGGAGCCGGACAGGGCUGCAGCCCCUUGCCCUGGUACCCAACACCCGGACAGACAAGGCUCCUGGCCUCCCACUCAUCUGUCUUUGCUACAUAACAAGAGGCCAGCGUGCUGGGGUUCUAUUUUCCUGUUAAGCUAAGACUAAGCUCAAGGAUGGGAGAAGGGCAGGGCCCCUUCAGGCCCUGAGACUCACGGUACAGAGGCCAGUCUGCCUCCCGGCAGAGGGUUCUCAAUGUUUUGAAGGUCAUGGAUGUUGUGUAAUGUGUUGUUGUUUUUAAAAUCUGUAUAAAGUUUUCAAUGUUGACAUUUAAAA